GCGUGCGUGCGUGCACGCGCACGUGUGGCAGCAAGGGAAAAACGAUGAGACUAAGGAGCGCUUCACCUCGACAGGGCAACAGGGCACAGGGGUCAAAGCCGGGAUUUAGCGCUCAGGAGCGUCGGCUUACUCUUACGUAACAUGUCACACCGGAGGGAUACUUUGACAUCCGGAGGCCGGGCAGAGAUUUCAGAGUUUGUCGCGUUCUUUCAGUGAGCAGGAGGAGAAAGUCGCAGCGCUGUCGCUGACACCGCCGAGGUACUUCUAUAAGACGAUACGUCGCCGCCGUCGCUGCACUUCUUAGGAGUGGAUGCUGGAGUGAGUCGGAAGAAGAGAAAGCGUUGCGGAGACGAGAAAGACUGCCUUGGGGCUUCUCGAGACGAGCAAGAAAGGAGUACGUACGAUACCUUGGAGAGAGGAGAGAAAGGAAGACGGGUACGAUGGGGAGAAAAAAGAUUCAGAUCGCGCGCAUCAUGGACGAGCGCAACAGACAGGUUACAUUUACCAAACGGAAGUUCGGCCUCAUGAAGAAAGCCUAUGAGCUAAGUGUCUUGUGCGACUGCGAGAUUGCCCUCAUUAUCUUCAACAGCACCAACAAGCUGUUCCAGUAUGCAAGCACCGACAUGGACAAGGUCCUGCUUAAAUACACAGAGUACAAUGAGCCGCACGAGAGCCGGACGAAUUCGGACAUUGUUGAGACACUGCGCAAGAAGGGUCUAAAUGGCUGUGAAAGCCCUGACAUUGACGCUGAUGACUCUCCAGGACACAGUCCCGCAUCCGAGGAUAAGUACCGCAAAAUCAACGAUGACAUCGACCUCAUGAUCAGCAGACAGAGACUGUGUCAGGUGAUCCCCCCCUCCAGCUACGACAUGCCCGUCUCAGUCCCGGGGAGCAAUCCCAACAGCCUCAUCUACAGCCACCCAGGUGGCUCUCUGGGAAACCACAACCUGCUGCCUCUGGCCCACUCCUCCCUGCAGCGUAACAGCAUGUCUCCUGGAGUCACGCAUCGGCCACCCAGCGCAGGCAACACAGGUGGUCUGAUGGGUGCGGACCUCUCCGCCAGCAUGGGGACCGGUGCUGGAAACGGCUACGGAAACCACCGCAACUCACCCGGCCUGCUGGCCUCACCGGGGGGCCUGGGCAAGGGCAUGCAGGCCAAGUCUCCGCCGCCCAUGAACCUGGGCAUGAACAGCCGCAAACCUGAUCUGCGUGUGCUCAUCCCCCCCGGAGCCAAGAAUGCCAUGCCGUCCAUUAACCAGAGGAUAAACAACUCACAGUCUGCGCAGUCAUUGGCUACACCAGUGGUUUCCGUAGCAACUCCAACUCUUCCAGGUCAAGGCAUGGGAGGGUAUCCAUCAGCCAUAUCAACAUCAUAUGGUACUGAGUACUCCCUGAACAGCGCUGACCUGUCUUCGCUGUCCGGGUUCAACAGUGCCAGCGCUCUGCACUUGGGCUCGGUGGCCGGCUGGCAGCAGCAGCACGUGCAGAACAUGCAGCAUUCGGCCCUUAGCCACAUAGGAAAUUGCACUAGCAAUCACUUAUGUCAGAGUUCAAAUGUGUCCCAGCCCUCUGCACAAAGCCUGCACAUCAAGUCCGAACCUGUUUCUCCUCCUAGAGACCGCGCCGGCGGUGCGCCGGUCGGCUACCCGCCCCCGCGGCAGCUGCCCCCGCGCCAGGAUGCGGGGCGCUCGCCCGCCGACAGCCUGAGCAGCUGCAGCAGUUCGUACGAGGGCAGCGAUCGCGAGGAGCACCGCGUCGAUUUCCACUCGCCCCUGGGGCCGGCGCGCCGCUCUCCGGACCAGCGGGAGAGUCCGUCCGUGAAGCGCGCGCGCCUCUCAGAGGGCUGGGCCACAUGAUGGGACGGAUCCCGGGCCCUCGGCCCACCCCCGCGCUCGAUCCCCACGCAUCGUGGAAGAAGCCCCCUUUUCUAAAUCGAUGUUCGGUGUUUCAUUCUUUUCUGCAGUGCGUGCGUGUGCGCGUGCGCGUGCGUCUGUGUGCUGCGCAUAUAUCAGUGUUGCGAUCGGUGGGAAGGUGUGCUGAGGGUGGGGACCAGGGUACAUCUGGAAGUUUUUUGCAGUGCGGGAGUGUGUUUGAAUUUUUUUUUUUUGACUUUUUUUCCAGUGGGGGCAUUACUUGUGCCAUGUGUGGGAAUGAAGUUGCAUAUGUACACAAGGGUGUAUUUAUAUAAAUGAAAUGAACAAGAAAACAGUCAGGUACUCUGUUUUGUACGGCUUACGACGCGUGUACAGGUGGGCUUUCCACGCUGCCAGUUCCCCGCAACGCGGCCGUGCAGGCUCUGCAGUACAAUAGAUGAUGUCAUGUUGCAGGUUCAACGUAUUUAUGUAAAUAGCCUUUCUAGGGCGAGGGUUUCGAAGCUCCGACACUCUGCAGAUUCAUUUAGCGGAAGAAAAAUGUUGAAAAGCUCUUAUGCAAUGUUCAAAUUACACAGGUAAACCUGCAGGCCUGUAGCUGGAACCCUGGAAAAUGGUUUUGUGUCUCUGUACUAUGGAACAUACAGUAUUUAUAGUAGGAUGGAGUGGAAUCCAAUCACAGUGGACCAUACUGUUAUUUAAGAGCCGUGCGUGUGGCAUAUUCAAAGUCUCAGUGACACAUUAUAUAUUCAAAAAUGAAAGGAUGUAUGAUACAUUUUGCUUAUAUUUUCGUAAAAAGGAAUUGAAAUGCAAAGCAUUUGUGGCGUUUUUGUAGUUUCUAUAAGCCAGAAUGUGUUUUUGAUAGCUUUGCUAAAAUAAUUUGAAGAAAAAAAACCUAGAAGUAAAAAAAAAAAAAUAAGUACAUGGGCUUUUUGUAUAGAAAGCACUACCUUUAAGCCAUGAAAACAGACAGAAA